AUGAGGUUGGUGUUCGUCGUGGCGCUCGUCAUCGUGUGCUCCACGUUGAUUGCGGCGCAACAGACCCUCAAACAAAACCAGUGAGCACAAUGAAUCAAAUCUUUCCCCGGUGCUAUUGAACCUCUCGUAUAAAACAUUGUCUCGUUCGAUCUGACGCUACGUCCUCUCCGUCAAGGGCCACCCUAAGCGCCGCGCUCAAGUCGUGUCGGUGCCGCCAAAGUCACAAAUGCAAGCUGGACGGGGAUAGUCCUGGUUGCAGGUGAGUGGCCCUCUCUUAUCAGUGACCGUUACCACACCAAGCCAACUUGAGCCGGUCGUCGUGCUGUAGCACUUGCGACAAAACAUUCGACAGCCCUUGUCAGUCCGCAUCCAUCGUCGCGGCUUGCGUCAACCACUGCAUCCAAAAACAGUGAGUCCGCACAGAGCUAUCGUUUCUUCUCACCCGCCGUAGGCUCUGACUGACUCCCAAACUCGACCAAAACAUUUCCACAAGCCGCAAGUUCAAAGACCGAUUCGAUUGCAUCACAAAAGAUUUUCAAACUUCUCCGAGCUCUACCUCUCCCAUCUCAUGCGGCGUCUUUGGAUAUUCACUCGACGCUUUCAACUCCUGCCUUCUUUUAAGCAAACGUCGACCGCAACGGUGAGUCAGAUCAGUCUUUCUCGGCAUCCUGCGCUGCAGGAUGUUCAAAUCUGACGAGACGCAAGCUUUCGCCGAUCUCAUCGUUCGGCCUGAAAACUUUUUGCGAGUCUUGAAGGGCAAAGGAGGCGUUAGCUUUGGUUUCGACCUGCAACGAUAUCCUCAACUACGGCCCGAUGAAAACAUCUCCGCCAGAGUUCGACCUGUAG